GCAUGCGGGAAAGGGUGAUGCCGGCAGUGGGGGCUGGCAGCGGGCAGAGCCCCCCCCGACCUUCACACUUCGGCUGCCCGGCCCUGGGGGGCGCGCAUUUACUCUGCAAGAGGGACUGCACUGAGCCGGGCAGGAUCUUGCAGCUGUCUGCAGCAAGCUGGGAGCACCUUGCAGCAGUGUUUUCCAAAAGAGGGGAAGGGAAGGAGAAAGGAGAAAGUUAACGCAGGCCGUCCCUUGCCGCUGCCUGCUCGUUUCAUCAGCGGCUCCGCAUACAUGCGAGGGCUGGCCUAUUAAUAGUAUUUAUUUUUACUCGCUGCACGCAGAAAAGAAAAGGCUGCGGGGCGGGGGGGGCGAUCUUUGAGCUAUAAAUAGGCGACAAAAGGUAGCUGCCCCGGGGAAAGGAGGAGGACGGCGGAGCAGGCGCUACCGUGUGUUCUCCGGCGCCGGGGUGCGCAGCGCCCGCGGACCCUGCGCGGGGCAGAGUGCAUGGAGGCUGCUGCCGGCAUCGGGGCGCUGAGUUGUGCUCGGCCUCAGCCCGACAGAAGGAGCAGGAGCUAGCGGCGAGGCUUCCCCGGGCAGGGCGAUGCUGCACGGCCCCGCCGCCAUGGGGGAGCCGUGGCAGCCGCAGCCGCAGCAGCAGCGGCUCCCGGGGCUCGGCAACGUCUCUGAACCCAGCGCCUGGCCGUCGGCAGCGGGAGGGCCGGGGACGGCGGCGCCGGGAGGCGGCGGCGGGGCCGGAACCGGGACCGGGGGAGCCGUCAGCCCCUGGGACAUCGCGCUGUGCGCCACGGGGACGGCGGUCGCGGGGGAAAACGCGCUGGUGCUGGCCGUGCUGUUCUACACGCCGAGCCUGCGGGCCCCCAUGUUCCUGCUGAUCGGCAGCCUGGCCCUGGCCGAUCUGCUGGCGGGGCUGGGGCUGGUGGCCAACUUCGCUGUCCGGUACCUGCUGCGGCCGCCCAGCGAGGCGGCGGAGCUGGGGGCGGCGGGGCUGCUGCUCGCCGCCUUCUCCGCCUCCGUCUGCAGCCUGCUGGCCAUCACCGUGGACCGCUACCUGUCGCUGUACAACGCUCUCACCUACCACAGCGAACGCACGCUGGGCUUCACCUGCGCCAUGGUGCUGCUGAUGUGGCUGCUGUGCCUGGGCGUGGGGCUGCUGCCCCUCCUGGGCUGGAACUGCCUGCGGGACCAGAGCGCCUGCAGCAUCCUGCGGCCCGUCACCAAGGACAACGCGGCGGUGCUGGCCGUCACCUUCCUGCUGCUCUUCGCCCUCAUGAUGCAGCUUUACCUGCAGAUUUGCAAGAUCGCCUUCCGGCACGCCCAGCAGAUCGCUGUGCAGCACCAGUUCAUCGCCACGGCACAGGCCACCUCCACCCGCAAAGGGCUCUCCACCCUCUCCCUCAUCCUCGGCACCUUCGCCCUGUGCUGGAUCCCUUUUGCCAUUUACUCUCUGGUGGCCGAUUCCAGCUACCCCGUGGUCUACACCUACUCCCUGGCGCUGCCUGCCACCUGCAACUCCCUCAUCAACCCCAUCAUUUACGCCUUCAGAAACCCAGACAUCCAGAAGUCGCUCUGGCUGGCCUGCUGCGGAUGUAUCCCUUCCACGUUCUCCUCCAGACCAAGGACAUCCAGUGAUGUGUGAGGACUGAGCAUGGAGCGAGACGCAAUCCCUCGCUCCCCUCCUUCUCCUCCUUUUCCCCUCCACCGUUAUUGUUUCCUACCGGGAGGAACCCCCCUCCCCGGCCAGCACAUCUCGUUCCAUGGAAAGAUGGCCAAAAAGAGAAAAAAGGAAAAGGGAAAAAGAAGGGGGAAAGAAAGAGAGAGAGUAGAAUGAUAAUGGUUUCCUUUAGAAAUGUUAUUUUCUUACACAUUUUAUUUUUUAUUUAAAAACACAAAACACAAAAAAAAAAAGGAAGGAAAAAAGAAUGUCUGUACGAUGGCGUUAGUCUCCUCUCAUGGUAAGAAGACAGAGGAGCAGCGAGCUUGGCCUGGGGGGGCACGUCCCACGAGUGGCAGCUGCUGGAAAGGCCACGGGGAGUGGUGGGGGGCGGGGGGGUGUCGGGUCCCCCACAACGGGGCUGGUCCCCAUGUGUGGGUUUGUUGCCCAGGGCGCCCAUCCCCCUAAAAUCAGGUCUUGCAAUGCUAUGCAAUAAUUGGGGGGAGGGGGGAGGUGGACAGCUGCAGCCCAGUGGGGGCGGGUGGCUCUGCCGGGGAGGACCCGGAGGAGCACAGGGAGCUGCGGGGAUCUGGGGUGGAGGGGACCUUGGGGGGCGAACAAUGUGUCUCUGUUUGUAUGUCAUUUGCAAAGCACUUUGAGAACCUGCGGGGCGAAAGGCACUUUAGGGUACAGUCGUUGUUUUGGGUUGUUGUGGGGAUGGGGGUACCCCAGGGAAUCCAUUCUUCACCCUCCCUCCUCCCUCCCCCCCAAAAAAAGGUGACAACGGGCAGGGUGGGGGCUCAUGAUGUACAGGAGAUGAGGGCAGCCAGGGUGCCCCGCACCCCCAAGGCUAUGGGGAGGCCAAAGUAGGGUACCCCUGCAGGGUUCGGGGCACUGGGGUGAUGCGCUGCCCCAGCUGCACUCACUUCCACACCGAUCGUUUACAUGGGGUGGGAUUUUAAUCCAAAGACAGGUCUGGGCUUGCUGGGGUCCCCUAAAGGGAAGCCUCUGUAUUCACACGUGUUAUUCUGGAUGCUACCAGUUUAACUCGCUUCAUUAGAGAAGCUACGGUACCCUCACAUUCCUCUACUGUAUCACACGCUUUGUGGUGUUAGUGAGACCAUGAUGAAGUGUCCUUUAUCUUGUGCUUUCUUUUGGCCGAGAAGCGGAAUAGUGCAUUCACUUAAAAAGCAAGAAAUCAAGCAACAUUCAGAGAGAUGGCAGGGCUUGGGGUGAAAUGCCCAGGGCAGAGGUGGUGGAUGGGGUCUGGUAUGGAAAUAGCUGAGCCAUUGCAGCAGGAGACACCCCACCAGCUGAGCCUGGUGUCCCAAACACAUUUGCUCUUCUUUAAAGAAAGAUGCUGCGAUCUCCAGCAUCCAAGAUGCCGCUCUUUAAAGCAGGAGCCAGGUUCUGCUGCACCAUGGACAAAACAGAUGCGGGCUCCUAUUGACAGAACCCAAGGGCAUCACUGCCACCAAACCAUGGUGUGUGUAUACCGUGAUUUAAUGGAAGACAGAAAUGUUCUUGCUUUGUGAGGCAGUAGUGGGUACGAAGCCACUUUAUGGGUGGAUACAGGCACAACUUUUGUUUUUCUCUCUGGAUCUGUGCAAUGAAUUUCUCGCUCCUCAGAGCUAAGUGCACACAGGAAAGCUAUGAAUCUCCACAGCGUGCCUGGGGCUUGGACUUAUUGUCUACCUUUGAAAGGUGGCCAGUCUCACCUUUUUUUCAUUUCCUUUCUCUUUUGAAUGCCUUGGUCAAUGGGCAGUAGGCACAAUGUUGAAUCAGCAUACAUUCAAAAGUAAAUCUAUAUGUAAGAAAGAGUAAUAUAUAUAUAUAAACACUUUGCUCAUUUUAUUUAUUCUGCAGCCAGGUCCCUGCAGUUCCUCAGUGUGAAAAUUCAAGACAGAGUUAGUUUAAACCAUUUUUGAAACAUUGUGAACACUUUGAACUGUUUUUAUACAACCCUAUCUAGUAGACAGUAUUUGUUUCUCCGGGAAGCUCAUUUUGUAUCUUUAAAUGAAAUGUAGUAUUAACUAAUUGUCUCUAGAGAAACAUUGUCAUGAAAAAAGUUGCAUUUUCUUGGCUUUCCAGUCAAUUCCCUGUUUCUGAAGAAUUUAUUUUAAAAUGUUCUGGUUAGAGUUUAAUCGUAUACUUGAAACUUGUCUCAGUUGGAGGGAUCAUGGAUCAGCUUUGACAAAUAUGUAUGAGGAGCAAUGGAAAACAAUUUUCCACUGUGUCCCUCCAUAACAGUAGAAGAAAAACUUGGGAUGAGAGGAGCUAAAGCUGAGGAUAAGGUCCCUACCAAACAGCUGAGUUAGAGAGGAGGUGGAGAUGUCCUCACUGAAAUGCUUGGUACUCUCCCAAACACUUGGACAACAACUUUGUCCAAGGCGAAGGCUGCUGCCUAAAUUCUGGUCCUUGCACUAGGGAGACAUUCUGCUGCACUAAUCCAGCUCAUGGUCAGCAUGAAGAUGUGGCACAAGUAUAUCGCACACUCAUGUUUAGUUCAAAAUGCUGAUCUAAAACCUGUCUCUUGGAGACUGUUGAAGGUGGCCAUGGAAGUUGAUAAAAAUGCUUGAUAGGAAGACUCUUAAGAAAUCUCUAAAGAACAUUUUGAUGCAUUGGCAUUUUUGCAGUCUUUCCACUAAGUAAAAAUAAACACAUUUUCUAAGUGUUUUUUCCUUUGAUGUUUCCCCUGUUGUUUCUUAUCAGUGGAGAGAGGGGAAAACAAGGAGAAGUGAGGAAGAAAAUAAACAGGUAUGAGUUAACCUGCCAUACACUGAAUUAUGGAAAUCUCUAACCCUUUUACUGCACCUUUGCUUAGUGUUUUGUUGUUUUUUUUUUUUUUCAUAAAGAAAAUAUUUGACUGGAAAAUAUUUUGAGUGAUAACGUUGGACAUCAGAGAGGAUGCUGGAUGUUGGAAGCUCCUUGUGUCAGACAUCAUGAGAGCUAACUUAAAGCCUUAACAUACUUAGCAAGUUAGCAAUGCUGUGUGCAGGGUGGGAAUGCCCUGGUGCUCGGUGUGGCUUUCGGACAUGUUCAGUACAGAAUACAGGGCCUGAAUUUGGAUGAGAUUUUGUUGCCAUAAACCAGGAUCACCUCCUGUGAAUGUCAUGAUAUCCUAUGUGGAUGGGGCACCAACGAUAAAAAGAGCACUGGAAAACAGGAAGGGUUUUCCAGCACAGUGAAUCCUCUGCAGAUUCACUGAGGGUCUAAAACAUCUGGAAAAAUGGUGAAAAGAGCCAACCAGCCCCUGUCUAGCUCAUGGGCAUCAUGACAAGGACACAGUAUGGACCAUUGUUCUCGAUUUUCUGGUAUUGAAUGUAUUGGUAAGCCUCCUCCAGCUGGGAUUCCUAUGUCAUGAGUCAUUAGAAAAGUUAAGAUCUAUAAAAGCCAUUGAUCUAAUUGUAGUGCUUUUCAGAUGAGCUAUAACGGGACAGUGGCAGUUCUGCAAAACACAAGGUCUUUAACUGGUGAAAAUGUGCAGGUGUCCUGUGAGCUUAUGAGGAGCAGCCAAGGAACGUAGGGGGUUCAGCCUGGAGAACAGGAGCUGAGGGGAGACCUUCUGAUCUCUGAACUGCCUGAAAGGAGCUUGGAGCAUGGAGGGGGUUGGUCUCUUCUCCCGCAUAACAAGUGACAGGACGAGAGGAAAUGGCCUCAAGUUGAGCCAGGGGAGGUUUAGAUUGGACAUCAGGAAAAUAUUAUCCCCAGAAAGAAUUGUCAGGCAUUGGAACAGCCCUAGAGGGGUUUAAAAGACAUGUAGAUGAGGUUCUUAGGGACAUGGUUUAGUGGUGGACUUGAGUGUUGGGUUAAUGGUUGGACCCAAUGAUCUUAAAGGUCUUCUGCAACCAAACAAUUCUAUUACAUGAUUCUGUGAUUUCCGCAGAGCCACAAUGGCCAUUCCAGCUGGAAGCUGCACCUGCUUGGAGAGGAUUGGUUGGAGUUUAGUUGGGAAGACCUCUGUGUCCUCACCCUGGUGAACAGCCCAGAUCUUGCCACUGUACCUUCAAAAGGUGAAGGGCCAGAGCCUGGCCCCUCUUACACUCACAUUGCUUCUGGACCCUACAGGAGCUGGUCUGGACUUACAGCAGUAGAAACAAGCAGAACAUUGGUCCUGAGCAAUUACAUGAGCUAUCCAACCAGUGCCGAACCUAUGGCAGGGAUCAACGUAUCCAGGGAAAUGAAUCAGUUUCUUAUUUGGUCAAUUUGUUUACAAGUUUCUGUUUGCCUUUGGCUUUUCUACCGUGAGUUGGCGGCAAGCAGGUUAUAGGUAUGAAAUGCCUCCUGUGUCAGUGGCUGGCUGUUUGAGUUGGGGGGAUGAGGAAAGGGCAAGCAGGAGAAAGAGAAAACAUUCCCCAAAUAUACUGUGAAAAGGUCAGGCACACUGUCGAAUGGGAUGUGACCACAUCUGCACAAACACCCUGAGUUUCUUAGAGAUGUGCUAGGGGUGGGUGUGAGCUUGUGCAUUAACAGCAAGCUCUUGUCCCCGUCCCAGAGGGGUUCAACUGAGAAAUUGAAAAAAAAAUUAAAAAAAAAAAAAAGAAGAAAAGAAAGAAAGAAAAG